CUCUCUCUCACUCUCACACUCUUUCUCUCUCUCAGAUGCCCUCUCGUUGCGGCUCUGCCGUACGAAUCUUCAUCACCACCCUCUUCGCCGCGGUGGUCCUGUUCGCCAUCCUGCUGGCCUACCUCACCGGCUACCAGUUCAUCCACACCGAGCAGCACCACCUGUCCUUCGGCCUGUACGGGGCCAUCCUCUUCCUCCACCUGCUGCUGCAGAGCCUCUUUGCCUACCUGGAGCACCGGCACAUGCGCAGCCCCGCCCGGCCCCAGCACCUGCGCCGCUCCGUGGCCCUCUGCAUCGCCGCCUACCAGGAGGACCCGGACUACCUGCGCAAAUGCCUGCGCAGCGUGCGCCGCAUCUCCUUCCCCGGCCUCAAGGUGGUGCUGGUGGUGGACGGGAACCGGCCCGAGGACGCCUACAUGAUGGAGAUCUUCCAGGAGGUGAUGGGAGGUGGAGAGCAGGCCGGGAGCAUGGUGUGGAAGGGGAACUUUCACAGCGAUGGAGGUGACCCUAGGGGAGGGGCGGGAGGAAGAGGAGGAGAAGGAGGAGGAGGAAGGGUGAAUGCGGAAGAGUCGGCGCGCGUGACACGGAUUGUAUGCAACUGUCGCUACUCGUGCAUUAUGCAAGAGUGGGGAGGCAAACGGGAGGUCAUGUACACGGCCUUCAAGGCGCUGGGGGACACCGUGGACUAUAUGCAGGUAUGUGACUCAGACACGGUCCUAGACCCUGCAUGCACCAUAGAGAUGCUGAAGAUCCUGGAGGAGGAUCCUCAAGUUGGAGCUGUUGGCGGCGAUGUUCAGAUCCUGAACAAAUACGACUCCUGGAUCUCCUUCCUCAGCAGCGUUCGCUACUGGAUGGCGUUCAACGUGGAGCGUGCCUGCCAGUCCUACUUCGGCUGCGUGCAGUGCAUCAGCGGGCCCCUCGGCAUGUACCGCAACUCCCUGCUCCAGAAGUUCCUGGAGCCCUGGUACAACCAGACCUUCCUGGGCAGCAAGUGCAGCUUCGGCGACGACCGGCACCUCACUAACCGCGUGCUCAGCUUUGGCUACAAGACCAAGUACACGGCGCGCUCGCAGUGCCAGACGGAGACGCCCACGCGCUACCUGCGCUGGCUCAACCAGCAGACGCGCUGGAGCAAGUCCUACUUCCGCGAGUGGCUCUACAACGCGCUCUGGUUUCACAAGCACAGCUUGUGGAUGACCUACGAGUCGGUGGUGACCGGCUUCUUCCCCUUCUUCCUGGUGGCCACCGUGAUCCACCUGUUCUACCGCGGGCGCCUGUGGAACAUCCUGCUCUUCCUGCUCACAGUGCAGCUGGUGGGCAUGGUGAAGGCCACCUACGCGUGCUUCCUGCGGGGCAGCCUCGUCAUGAUCUUCAUGUCACUCUACUCGCUGCUCUACAUGUCCAGCCUGCUCCCUGCCAAGAUCUUCGCCCUCUUCACCAUCAACAAGGCCGGCUGGGGCACGUCCGGGAGGCGCAAGAUCGUGGUAAACUUCAUCGGCGCCAUACCGGUGACUGUGUGGGGGCUCAUUCUGCUGGGCGGCGUGGCCUACACCAUCUACUGCGAGACUCAGGAGCCCUUCAACGAGACGGAGAAAGCCCUGCUGAUAGCGGGGACCAUCUUGUACGCUUGCUACUGGGUCGUGCUGCUGGUGCUGUACCUGGCUAUAGUGGCCAAGAGGUGCAACAAAAGGGAGGAACAAUACCAUCUGCCCUACGCUGAGGCCUAGCAGGGGACAUGCUGAGGGCCUUCCUAUCCUUAUGGUGCUGCUAAAAGAGUUGGACCAAGUCCUGACCCCCUUUGAUCUUGGAUCCGCUCUCAGUCCCUGGUGCUAUGGAUUCACUGAUGAGGAAGUGCAGAUGGACAGUGCCACUGGGGGCAGGCAAUGGAGGCAUUUCACGGGUCGGCUGCUGGAUGAGUCUGUUUGGGUGUUUUUGUUUUUGUUUGUAUGUUUUUUCACUUUUACGAGAGACACAAGCACCUACAGUGGUGUUUGUCUUAGACUUCAAAGGGUAGUCUGAGAGAGCCGGUGAGGGGGUUCAGCCUCCGAAGCAAGGUGCUUUGGUGAAUUUUAAAGCACAUAUCAUGAGACAGGAAAUGGACCAUGUAGGGUCCCAGGUAGGGCCCUCACAGGGUGGUUGCCGUCGGUUGGGUGUCCAGCCCAUAGCCAUUCAUAUCUAUCUAUACCUCUCCAGGAUACAUACCCUGGGUGUAACAAACGCCCUGCUUUUAUGGGGUGUCUCCUGUAAGAAUGGUAUGGUGGGCUAACUGUCCUUUUGCAAGUCUCUCUUCACCUGUAUGACGGGCACUUGAGUGAAUGUACUCCAUUGAGCUUAUUUUUAAAAACAAUUGUAGGUUUGUUUUAAUAUUUUUUUUGACUCCAGAAAUUGACAGGAUGGUCUAUUUCUUUGGUGCUGCUAGUUAUGGUGCCAAGCCUGAGAUUCAAUGCCUUCGCAAACCAACACGAUAGAACAUUAACAGACACAUGACCAGAAGGGCCAAUGUGUGUUCCCUUAGACGAGACAACAAGAGGACCAGUUUCCAUCUUCCUCACACCCUGUUCCACUGUUAUCACUGUUCCCACGCAUUUAAUCUGAGUUGGAUAGAGAAUAUCUCAACUACACUUUUUAAGUCAUAUAGGUAUCAAUUAUUUAUGUAAAUAUGAAUAACACCUCAUUUCUUUAGAGGCUAUGUCUGAAAUCUAAUAUAUUUUACUCUGCACUUCUUAUUUUGAACUAAGGAAGAAUAUGUGAGCGCAAAAGCUCCAAUGCAAGCCUGCCAGGGGCAGAAGUGUUCUCAUUUCACGUGGUGGAAAUUCCCCAAUCACAUACACUUAAUGUUCUGUGUCCUUUUUCCACCUUAAGGACAACAAAACAAAAGUAAAUACAUCAUUGAUUGCAUAACCUGAAACUUGAAAGUGCAAAUAAGACACAUAGAAACUUUGUUUACUGGUUGCAGUCACGUCUAAAAAAGAGGUCAGCUGUUGAAUUUCAGUCCUCUCAUGCUGCCAAACUUAUGUGUCAUGUCAUUUGAUUUGUUCUUGGUAAAGAAAAGUAGACUAUUAGGAAUGCGAGUGGCAGCUAAGGUUGGAUACUUUAGUACCCUCUCAUGAUAAACAUCAUGAUCCCCUGCUUUAAAAUGUGUACAGCAGUUUGUCUGAGGAUAUCACUGGCCAAAACCACAGUACUAUACUGAUUCAUUUUGGAAUGUUUCAUACUACAAAUAAUUAUCACUUAACUGUCAGAGUGACUUCUCAGUGAAACAUUAUUGCGACUGAAUUUGAAUUUCACAUUUUCAGAACUGAGAAUCUCUCGGGAAGACAAAAUUCCUUGUUUCUCACAACAGUUAAACGUAAGAAAAAAAAUACUAUUUAGAAGACGAAUAGGUGACAAAAUAAUAGUUUUCUACCAGUAGGGUUCCAGGACAAAGAUUACCUGAAAUAUUGUUUCUAACUAAAAAAAUAUUUCAAAUGCCAAUUGCGUCAGGAAAGACUUGAUUUAGACUUUCUAGGAUGUAGCCACAGGUAUGAGAUACUAGCACAAUCAGACUGCAGGAUUCAGCUGUUUGCUGGAAACAUGACAUCCACACAGGAGCUCUUUAUGCGGCCAGACUGUAAAGGGGCGGGGGAGGGGGCUGGAGUGUGUGUGUGUGUGUGUGUGUGUGUGUGUGUGUGUGU